AUGAUCCUUCAAGUCCAGAACCUCCUGAUCCAGAAAAUUUAUGGUUAUUUCUUUCAUAAAAGGAAAGAAGUUAUUAAGAGAUAUUUGGCAGGCAAAAUUUCGUUUGAAAAUUUGCCAAGCCAGAUUAAAAUUUUGGAAGGCGAAUAUCAAAAAAACUCACGACUGCAGUCCCAACAACAAGUUAAUGCAUUGUGCAUAGCGGCAGGAGUGGGAAGAGACGCCAUGGAUAAGGAUAUAAAGGCUGCAAAGUCAGUAAAAGCUCCAUCGAAUUAUCGCUAUGCUCCUAGGUUAGUACCAGCAACUGAAAGGGCAGCUACUCAAUCUCUAUCGCAUGAAUUCCGUCAAGACACAGAACCAGAAAUCAGAGAUCUAGCUCCACCAGUGCCAGUUACUGAAGUGGUUCACAGUCAACAAUCCCAUGUAUCUCAGAAACAGGAAGGCCUGGUUGAUGCGCCAACUCGAGAUGAUCAAGCUCUAUCAACUCUAUCGAACGUUGUUAUUGAUGAGUAUUUGGCAAGCAAAACUUCAUUUGAAAGUAAUUUUGGAACAAACAAAAAGAAAAUUCUUAAAUUAUUCUAUAAGAAUAGGAAAGCUGUUAUGGAUGCGCAUUUGGCGGGCGUAAUUUUGUUUGAAAAUUUGCCUUGUGAAAUCAAGAUUCUAGAGACGGAGUUUCAAAAAUGUUCGAAUCUAACAACGCACGUUCAAAUUGAGAGGUUCGCAGAGUCAGGACUGGAAGAGAAUGUUAUUUUCGAGUAUUUCAAUAUGAGAAGAAAGAUGAAUGCGAAGACGGAAAAGUCAGGAGAUACUUCAGAAGGUCCUUCAGAAGCUGUCGACUCCCCAAAACUCGAGAGUCCAACUCAACCAGCUCCAUCGACUCGUCCUAAUGUUUUUAUAGUUGCUCACGAGGAUCCAGACCCACCAGUGUCAGCCACAGAAACUGUUCAAUCUCCAUUACUUCCAAAUGGUCCAGACAAUCAACAAGAACUCGAAGAUCCAGUUCCAAACACUGAAAUGGUUCAUUAUCAACAAACUCAAGGAGCUCAAAACCAAGAAGGGCUAGUGGAAGAUGAGCAAUAUGAGAUUCAAGAGGAUGAGACGAUUCCUUCCCAUGGAGCACUACCAGAUUGGGACUUCGUGUUCGCGCAUAUGCGGCAAAAUCCAGAGGACCAAGCUCCAAUAUCACUACAUGUUCAACCAACCAGAUUUUUGAAUCCGAUACGAGAGUCUCACAAUCAAAAUGAGGGAUUGGGCAAAGCGGAAGGAGUGGAUGAAAAAGUGGUUGGAAAAUGCAAUUUUCAGAUUAGAUUUUUCGAAGAUUUCCAUACGAGAAGAAAGAUGACGCAGAAGAUGAAGGAGGCAAAGUCAGGACUCGAGGGUCCAGCUCAACCAGUAACAGCUCAAGUUGGACAAAGUCCAUGGCCAGAAUCAGCUAUUGAAUCGGAAGCUACUCAACCUCUAUUGCAUGAACUCCAUCAAGACAUAAAGCAAGAAAUCGGGGAUCUAGCUCCACCAGUGCCAGUUGCUGAAGUGGUUCACAGUCAUCAAUCUCAUGGAGCGCAAAACCUGGAAAACCUGAUUGAUGAUGAUCGUUAUGAGACGGAAGAGGAAAAAACGAUUCCUUCACACGGAGCAUUGCUUCAUUUGGACCUCCCGUCUCCGUAUAAUUUGCAAAAACUACUCAAACAAACCCAGGAAACUCUUGCGGUCUGUCAUGCUAACGUUGCUGAGAAACAAUCCGGAAAAAUAGACUACACCACGUCUCCAAUGGCUGAAGCACCAACGAUUUCAGUCCCAGCUCUAAAUUAUCAAGCGGAUCGUUCUCAACAAGAUGCAAGAUCUCAAGCGCGUCUUCUCGCUGACCUAUCUCGUCAAAUGACAGCCAUACAACAGACCCUGGGAGCAUAUAUGGCUGCCACUCCAAGAACCCAUGUUCCCAACAAGCGGAAACGCUCACCAUCUCUAGAAGUUGUUACUAAUGGGCCAUCAGUAUCCCCUCCUGUUGCUAAGAGAGCCAAUCAUCAAGAAGCUGUCAGCUUUGAUGGAGUCGAAGUCCAGAAAGCUCCGGAAGCUUUGAGAGGAGUCAAUGAAAUUGUGGCGCCAACACCAGAACGACAGGCCCAGCUGCGUCAGGAACGCCUGAAUCUGUACAAUGGAGAGUUCGAAGAUACAUACCUUCCUUUUAACCAUUCAAUAAACUAUAAGAGUUGGACAGUGAGUUUUCUUAUAUUUGUUGCCUUUAAUGUUUACAUUUUUUUCCAGAGACAACAAUUCGAAGAGUUUGCGGUUCAAUUUUUGCCAUUGGAAGUAGUAACGGCUCUUGUGAAAAUGAAGGUCGACGGCUCAAAAAUGGAAAAGAUCAGAUGUAAUAACAAGCUACUGAUGGGACGAUUGCAUGUUGGAUCGAAUGGGAAAUUUUCUCUGGAGCAUUGGAAUUUGAUUAAAAAAUAUAUUGAGGACAUUUGGACGUAUAAGAGAGAUAAGAAGAAGGAGGAGGAGUUGCGUAUUGCCAUCUGA